AUGAAUCUAAAAUCCAACAGGCAUUUUUUUUUAAUUUUUAAUUUAAAUUUAAAUUUUAUUCUUUCUCAGGCAAAAGAGCAAUUAUUAACUUCUUUAAAUUCCCAACAAAAUAAUUUAUUUUCAACAUUUAUUUUAUUAGAUAAUUUACCUUUAAAAUAUCUAAAUGGAAUUGUUUUUGAUGUUUUCCAAUCUUUUGAUUCAAAAAAUAAAUCAACAAAUAAUAAACCUUUUAUUAUUUGCACACUUAAUAGAACUAAUUUAACCGAACAAUUAAUUAUACAAAAAUUACAAAUUCAUCAUAAUUUCCAUCUUUGCCCGCUAAAUCAAAAAAUGGAAGCGGUUAAUGGUUUGUUUAGAUUUUGA